GGCGUCGCUCCAGCCGGAAGUGAGCGGGGCCUGGAGGGUCCGUGGGCCGGCCGGUUAUGGACCGGUUUGUGUGGGCCAGCGGCCUGCUGGAGAUUAACGAGACCCUGGUGAUCCAGCAGCGCGGAGUCCGUUUAUACGAUGGCGACGAAAAGACACAAUUUGACUUGGGAACCCUUCUUCUUAGCACACACAGAUUACUUUGGAGAGACCACAAAAGAACUGAGUGUUGCAUCACGUUGCCCCUGUCACAGAUUGUUUUCUUUGAAGAACAAGCCGCUGGAAUAGGAAAAAGUGCUAAGAUAAUAGUCCAUCUUCAGCCAGUUCCACCCAACAAAGAGCCUGGUCCAUAUCAGAGCAGCAAGUACACUUUCAUCAAACUAUCCUUCAGGGAACAUGGACAGAUUGAGUUUUAUAGACGACUAACAGAAGAAUUAUCUCAGAAGCGAUGGGAGCGUAUUUCUGUAUCACAGCCAAUGCAGUCAGCUAGUAAACCACAAGCAGGAAGAGUGAGAGCUGUAGGAAUUGUGGGUAUUGAAAGGAAGCUGGAAGAGAAACGAAAGGAGACCGACAAAAACAUCUCUGAAGCUUUUGAAGAUCUCGAUAAAUUAAUGAAAAAGGCCAAGGAGAUGGUUGACUUGUCAAAGUCAAUAGCAAACAAAAUCAAGGAGAAGCAGGGAGAUAUUUCUGAGGAUGAGACGAUCCGUUUCAAAUCCUAUCUGUUGAGCAUGGGAAUAGCUAAUCCAGUUACCAGAGAAACGCAUGGAUCUGGAACACAUUAUCACAUGCAACUGGCGAAACAGCUGGCAGGAAUGUUGCAAGCUCCAUUAGAGGAGCAAGGUGGAAUGAUGGCACUGACAGAGGUCUACUGUUUAACAAACCGUGCUCGAGGAAUGGAGCUUCUCUCACCAGAAGAUUUAGUGAAUGCUUGCAAAAUGUUUGAGGCACUGAAGUUACCAAUGAGAUUGCGUGUUUUUGAUAGUGGAGUAAUGGUGGUUCAACUACAGUCUCAUAAUGAAGAUGAAAUGAUCGCAUCAGCUCUGGACACUGUGUCACAGAAAGGGUCCCUUAGUUCUGAAGAGUAUGCUAAACUUGUGGGCAUUUCAGUGCUACUGGCCAAAGAAAGGCUUCUGCUUGCAGAGAAGUUUGGACACCUUUGUCGCGAUGAUUCUGUUGAAUGCCUGCGAUUUUAUCCAAAUUUGUUUUUGACACAAGACUGAAAGCUCACUGAUAAAAACCAACAGUAUCUUGCUCAGAGCCAGUGACUGCGCUGUGAAUGACAGACUGCUGAACGUCACAGAUUUAAACUCAAGACACUCUUCAAAAUCAACGUCAUGGAAAGAUACAGCUGGUGGGAGCUAAACAGCCUGCAAGACUCUGUAAAUGUGAAAGAAGCAAAAACAAGUGUAUGAGUUUCAUCAGUUUAUAGAUAUUGUGUUUUUCUGAUGGUUUCAUCUGAAUGAAAGUAAAUCUUAUGAUGCAAGACUUCCACAAGUUUGAAUUGUUAACAUCCUGCAUACUAAGAAUUUUUCUAUUGUGCAUUUAUAAUAAAGAAAUAUCCUUUUUUAUGUUCUAGAAGUAAUCGGUUUGGUUUGGUAUUUCAAAUUCAACUGUAGGAAUUUACAUAGUUUUUAUAAAGCAUGAUUUAGUUUUUUUCACGUUAUUUUAUUUUUCCCUUUGUUUAAUUCUUUCUUUCUGGUUUAUUGCUUUCAUCUUCUGCUCUAUCCCUCAGUUUUGUUGCAUUUUCUUCUUCGCCGCCUUCAUUUCUUUUUGCGUGUGAUGAGGAAAAAUUAUCAAAAGGAAUCUAAGACUCAGUCAAAAAGGAAGUUGUAGAGGCAGCUGAAUCAAUGUGAGUUUCAGAAAAAGUGUGUGAGAGACCUGAAGUCAAAGGAAGGGGAGGAUCUUGACAGAAAGGAAAUGGAAGCGAAGUGUCCAAAUCACUGGGGACAGGGAGGGGUUGAAUGAAGAAAGGCGAACAAAUGGAGAAGCAGGACGUGGCCAAGGCUGAGUGUUAGAGAAGUCCAGAUCCAGCAAAGGAUAUGAUGAAUUUCACUUCUAAAUGCUGUGAUUGUCUUUUAGUGUUACAGGAGUUUGGUGCUUGAAUUCACUUUUUUAGCUUCAGUUGAUGAGUGACUUUAAAUCAGUUCCUUACGGCAAAGUUCCAAAUUGAUAUUGGGGAUGAUCCAGUGGGUUAAGCUGUAAGAGUCUGAUGCACAGAUAAUGCUAAAUACUGGUUCAGUAGGAUUAGGUAGGUAAGUUAGGUCAAAGGAAAUUGCACUCUCCAUGAGAUAACAAAGCAGGCAUGUUUAAUUUGUAACAUAGGGUUUACCUGUAAGCCCUCUAACUGGGCAUUUUGAUCUCCUCGUUUUGAAUGUGACUUAUUCUGAUCUUGUGAACCUGAAGCUUUUAUAAGGACUUGCAUUUUAGUACUGUGUUGUACAUCAGAGCAUCGACAUCAACAAGUUACUUCUGACAGAAGUUAAAAUGUGUACUACUUUAUGGGGAUAUUGGUUUAAUUAUAAAUGACAUAAUACAUAGCCAUAUUAUCAGUGAAGGGUUUGGGCAGCUUUAUUUAUUAGAUUUACUAUAUCAAUGCUCCUGACUGGAACCAUCCUGCUUACAGUGUAGAAUUCAUAUCACGGUGAGGACAUGCUUGUCUGUGAUCCUUUAGCCAAACACUCAGUGUCCAGUAUAGCAGGAAAUCCUCAUAUUUGUUAUGCAAACGCAGAUUUGAACUUCUUUUGCUUUACGCUGCCUCCUUCACUCCCACUUUGCAAUGAUGUAGUGUAUUUAUUGUAAAAGAAACGGGUGGCAUGUUUUGAUAUCUGCAAAUUAUUUAAGACGUAGCACUUUAAUAAAGGUGAUUGCUGCUAUGGAAAA